GUAAUCCUUUCCUGUUUAUCAUCAUUAUAGUAAAGCAUUACCUUUGUACUAUUGACAGUAAAAUUAUAGAAUUUACUACGAACAGUUUCAGUAGUCUUUGUUGCCUUCUUUGCAACGAAGACCACACCCACAUAAUCGAGAUAGCAACUUUUGUCACAUGGCCUGUGUUCUCCUCAGUUUUCUCUUGUUUUUCUGGAAGAAGAGCUCAGUAGAGGUGUGAAGAGGAUAGUUAGAUAUGACUCAUAGUCGGCCUCUUAAAGAUCGGGUCAUAAGGAGCUCUGUCACUUAUCCAGCAGUUUGUAGAAAUCCUGGAAGACCUCCUAAGUAUAAAAGUUAUGAUGCUGAGAAACUUUUUUCUGCAUAUGAAGAUGUUGUUUAUAAAGGUGUUAGCAUACGAAGGGCUGCUGAGCAAUACGGUGUUCCAUUUACAACAUUAGCUGAUAGAGUUUCGGGUCGGACACAGUUUGGUAAAAGGAGUGGUCCAGUGCGAUACUUGUCAGAUGAGGAAGAAGAUGAACUGGUUUCAUUUGUUGUUGGUUAUUCUGAAAUAGGAUAUGGCUAUACAAGAAGGGAUAUAAUGGAUAUGGUACAAGAUGUUGUUGUCCGGAAAGGCUUAAAUGGAACAGUUAGUAAUGGGUGGUGGGAUGGAUUCAGAAAGCGGCAUCCUGCAGUUGUUUUACGAAAGCCGGAACCAAUGUCACAUAUUAGAGUUCGCAAUGAUCAACCUGAAGUUCUUACUAGGUAUUUUCAAGAAUUAGAGACAGUAUUGAUCAACAAUGACUUAAUGGAUUCUCCAUCAUUAAUAUUCAAUAUGGACGAAUCAGGUUUUCCCCUUGAUCCAAAAUCACCUCAUAUUGUAUGCAGAAGAGGCCAGCAUCACCCAUCAUUAAUUUCUUCAGGGAAGAAAGGCCAAAUCACGGUGUUAGCUUGCUGUGGUGCUUCUGGCCAUGUUAUACCUCCACUAGUUAUUUUUAACAGCAAAGUUUUGAAGCCAGAGCUUACCAUAGGAGAGGUACCUGAAACAAUGUAUGGGUUAACAUCGUCUGGGUGGAUCGAUAGUGAAAUCUUUGAUGGGUGGUUUAAGAAUCACUUUUUAGCAUAUGCUCCUGCAUCAAGACCCUUACUUUUGAUUUUGGAUGGGCAUUCAUCUCACUUUAACCCUGAUACAAUUCAAAAAGCAGCAAGCGAGAAGGUUAUAAUAUUUUGUUUGCCCCCACACACGACCCAUAAGACUCAACCUUUAGAUAAAGGUUGUUUUGCCCCCUUGAAGUCAUUUUGGAGACAAGAAUGCCACAAAUACUUAUCUGAGAAUAGAGGAAAAGUUAUAACUCGAUUUCAGUUUUCUGAGAUAUUUGGAAAGGCAUGGCAAAAAGGGAUGACUGCAAAGAAUGUGAUGGCUGGAUUUAAAACAACAGGCAUUUACCCUUUUAAUCCUGCUGCAUUGAUUCCAGAUCCUCCAGCUGCUACUUCAUCUCUAUGUGAAAGAACGGGGAUCAAGUAUAUUCCAUUUCACAGUCGCCGACGUUCUCAUUUUCGAUCAUUACAGGAUGAACCUCAGCCAAAUUCUAGAUCAGAAGUAGAAUCAGACCCAGUAAUAUCUCAUUUUAACUCAUCUACAUGUAUUGCUGAGCAACGAGCUGAUAUUUCUAAUGAUAAUAAUAACAGUGACUGUCACUCAGCAUUAAUUGAGUUCACUCAUGAAGAAGAAGUUCGUUUCCAGAAAAGAUUAGAUGAGCAUUAUGAUCUGCCAGGUGAUGAGAGGUAUCAACAGUGGCUGAAGCAGCGUCAUGAAAGUUUUCGUCAUUCCACCCCACUUACUGAUGAUGAUAGCUUACCUUUCAAUCGUACAUCAGCAAUGUCUAGUUUACUGCGAGAAAAAAGUCAUGAAAUUAAGCUACCAGAAAUAAAUAAGACGACUUCUUCAAAAGUGCUGACUAGUACAGAGAACAUUCGACAGCUACAAGAAAAGAAGAAAAAGAAAGACGAUGAAUUGAAAGCAAAGGAACAGAGAAAAUUGGAAAGAGCAUUAAAGAAGAAAGAAAAGGAAGAGCUGUUAGCAAAGAAAGUAAUUAGUAAGAGUCCUUCUACUAAACGAGGAACCAGGAGUGUAACUGUUGCUGAUAAGAGUCAAAGUACAUGUACUUCUGCUAAACGAGGAACUAAAAGUGUAACUGUUACUGAUAGUAGUCGGAGUACUUCUCCUGAAAGAGAAAGUACUAGGAGUGUAACUGUCACUGAUAAUAGUCAAGGCACUUCUGCUAAACGAGGGACUAGGAGUGCAACUGUUGGUGAUAAUAGUCAAGGAACUUCUGCCAAACAAGGGACUAGGAGUGUAACUGUCGGUGAUAAUAGUCAAGGUACAUGUAUUUCUGCUAAACGAGGAACUACAUGUAGGAGUGUAACUGUCACUGAUAAUAGUCAAGGCACUUCUGCCAAACGAGGGACUAGGAGUGUAACUGUCACUGAUAAUAGUCAAGGUACAUGUAUUUCUGCUAAACAAGGAACUAAGAAUGUAGCUGUUGCUGAUUCAUGUAUUUCUGCCAAACGACUGAUACGAGGAACCAGGAGUGUAACUGUUGCUGAUAAAAGUCAAAGUACUUCUGCUAAACGAGGAAUUAGAAGUGUAACUGUUACUGAUAGUAGUCGGAGUACUUCUCCUGAAAGAGAAACUAGGAGUGUAACUGUCGGUGAUAAAUGUCAAGGUAAAUGUAUUUCUGCUAAACGAGGAACUAAGAAUGUAACUGUCACUGAUAAUAGUCAAGGUACAUGUACUUCUGCUAAACGAGGGACUAGGAGUGCAACUGUUGCUGAUAAUAGUCAAGGAACUUCUGCCAAACGAGGGACUAGGAGUGUAACUGUCGGUGAUAAAAGUCAAGGUACAUGUAUUUCUGCUAAACGAGGAACUAAGAAUGUAACUGUCACUGAUAAUAGUCAAGGUACAUGUACUUCUGCUAAACAAGGAACUAAGAGUACAACUGUCGCUGAUAAUAGUCGGAGUACUUGUGUUAAACGAGGAACUAGGAGUGUAACUCUUAAUAUCAGUCAGAAUAGUGAGAGUAUUUCCACUGAAACAGAAAAUGAAAGUUCUCAAGUUAACGAAAGUUAUGCCGAAUGUCCAAAUUGUGGGGCUAUUUAUGCGUGA